CCUAGUAUAUAUUAUACCUAAAUCAUGAUUUUAAGCAUUCACAGUUCACUGUUAAAAAUCACUGAUAAAAAAAAUCACAUUCGCAAUUAUCACUGUGAAUGAAAAAUCACAGAUAUGCUCAACUCUAAUACUAAAUAUUAUAAUAAAAAAUUUUGUUUUUCAUAUUUCUCACGUGAAUAAAGAAUGAUGCUUAUAAAUAGGACGCGGAUGUUGGUGCAUGAUAUCGUGUCGCGCGCGAAGAACCGCUGUGUGCGAGUGAAUCGAGUGCUCGCUGCAUUUCUCGGCAAGAUCCGAUGCUUGGUAAUUUAAUAAAAUCAGAAUCUGCUAAUAAAUUGAAUCCGGUUCUGUGAACACAUCAUAAACAUUUUCGUCAAUUUUAAUUAACAUUGCCAAUUUUUCAAAUAAAAUUUCGACAUUUUGAAGAAAUCUCGAAUUAAUGCAGAAAAUUUUUUCGUGUUUUGUUUAUGUUUAUGUUCACAUGAAGUAGGCCGCAUUAAGUAGGUCGCAUUAAGUAGGCCGCAUUAAGAAGGCCGCAGCGGUUCUUCGCGCGCGACAUGGAAUCACGCACGAACAUCCGCGCCCAACUUAUAAAUAAGAUUACAUAAUUUGUCAUGUACAGUCUGCAAUUAUACUAUACUUUAUUAAAGUAUUGCCUUUUAUUACACAAUUGUAAAAAUAAAAAUUCCGGAACGACCAGUUAUAUUUGAAAGACUGGUACUUUUAGAUAAAGAUUGCCAGUCACUUAAAAGUGCAGUUUUAAAGCAAAAACUUUUGAAACUGCAUUUGAUAGAUGUAUUAUUAAAUACAUGUAUGUUGUGUGUGCGCGCUUGUAUGUGUAUGUAUGUGAAAGUAUACGUUUAUCCAACAUAAAGGCCCAAUUUAAUCCUAGUAAUGUUACAUAAUUCAUUUCAUUAAUAAAAAAAUUGAAAGGUAAAUAAAUAAAAUAACUUUUUGCAAUAUUUAUAUUUUUGUCGUAAACUAAAAUAUUUUCUGUAAAACUUAAAAGAAAGAAUUAAGCUAGCGUUAUUAGCAACAGAAUUCUAAAUUUUUAAACAAAAUGGUAGUCAAAUUUUUAAUUGUUUAUAUCUCAAUUAAUUUUGCAAUUAAAAAAUAUCCUUUGGUACAAAAUUAUAUUUCUUUAAGUACUAUAAAUGUACAAAACUUAAAAAAUUUCUGAAAGAUGACUGAUCCGUUUCACACGGAAAAGCCUUAAUAUAAAUAAUUAAAAGAAAAUAUUAUACUUAUUGUUUUAUUAAACAUAUUAUUCAAUAACAAUUGUUAAAAUAAGUUAGCUGACCUCAAAUUCAAUUCAAUUAAAAAACAUCAUAAGGUGAAUUACGCCACUGUGCACAGACCCGAAUGACGUCACCAUAAUUUAUUUUAUGACCUUAAUAAAACACAGCUAUUUAAAAGUAUCGAAUGACGCUAUUUUAAGCAAAGACAAUUUUUGACAAGUUAUUUAAAAAAAUUAAUAAAUGAUCUUAGGUAAAACUAUAAACUUUGUUUAAAGUUAAUAUUAUAAAUUAGCGAAAAUGUAUAUAAAAAUUUAAAAUAUACAAAAAUACUUUUAUGUACAAAGCAUUAAAUGUAGACUGCAAAUGUCCUGUAUUACGCCAGGUUGUUUUGAUUUACGCUACUAGUAUAUACCAAAUGAUACCCUAUCUGUGUUGACAACCCUUAUUAUAUUUUACAAAAACUAUAUAAUCAUAUGAUUCUUUAUUAUUUUAUCAGUUUUAAAUAUAUUACUUAUACAAAAUUAACAUUUUGUAUUACAAUUCAAAAUAAUUUCAUUUUUUUAUUUUACAUGUUACAUUGUAAUAAUAAUUUAAGAAUAAAUUUAGUCAUGGAUAGUUAAAAGUGACAAAUUUUUGACACAUAAUUUUGGGAACCACUUUUCACAAAAAAUCACAUAUGCGUUUACUUAUUUCGAUGGAGUCAUUUAAUACACUUUGACGACUGCUUUUCGAUUAAUGUUUAAAUACUUUUAAUUAAAAGCGGAGCAGCCUCUGACGACUUUGACCUUGACAUAUGUUAUCAGGGAGAUAGUCCCGAGUGACUUACAAAAGAUUUUAAUCCAAGAAUGCUAAAGUUGUGGAACAAACGGCUUUACUACAGUAAAGGUGUGAAUGAGUAGUACAUACCCAUAAAAUUUUACUAAGGCUACGUUCCGUUUAAUGCAUCAUUUUAUCCUUGCAAUUCCACGAAUGUUAAACAAGGACGAAACGAUAAAUUAUGCGCAUCAUGCGUGAAACGGAACGUAGUGUAAAAUCGGUGAGGCUCUUUUCAAGAGUUCGCCUUGUAAGUCGUAUUGGAAGAAAAGAGGCAGUUGCGCGACGAGAGAGAAAGCAAAGAAGAACCUUUGGAAGAGAAAGGAAAAUAUUUUUAACCAAUCACAAAUCAGUUAGACAAAGAAAGGAAGAUUAUUAUUGAAUUAUUUCUUUCUUUCUACAUGCGCUUUUUUUAGCGCGGCCUUCAGCAUGGGUUGUAACCGAUUACAGUUCAAUGAUUCAACACCAUAUACGUAACAAAUAUAAAAGAUUAUAAGUAUAGAGACAGUGUCGUACAGAAUCCUCAGUGAUGAAAUUGCUCGCGACCCAAGCACAUCUCCUUGUAUAAAGUCUAUAAAAUUUAUAACAAUUUCUAAUAAAGUAAAUAGCAGCUUGAAGAACAACAAUUGAAAAAGUGCAGUGACGUGGUUAAUACUUUUACCUUCGUCUGUUAGCGAUAUUAACCUUAACAUAACAGCACAAAGUGUGGAAAUUGUUUUCAUCAAUCAAAAGCAAAUAUUACCAGUAAUCAGAAGCAAUUAUAAUCAAGAAAGUUGUGUUCGUCUAUAAAUAAUCUAAAGAUUUCUUUCAAAAUGGAAUUGUCUACUUUACUUAUGACUAUUCUGGCAGCGGGUGUUUGCUUAUACUAUUUCGUUCUAAGCAAGUUAAUUUAUUUUGAGAGACUAAAGAUCCGGUAUGUGCAACCGAUUCCAUUGUUGGGCAACAUGGCACAAGUCAUUUUUCGACGUAUAUCUAUGGCGGAGCAUAUACAAAAUAUUUACAAUCGCUUUCCAGACGAAAAAUACGUUGGAUUCUACGAUUUUACCAGGCCUACCUUUAUUAUUCGAGAUCCAGAGAUAAUUUCAAUGAUUGCCAUCAAACAUUUUGAUAACUUCUGCAACCACCGUAGCGUCGUGAACGAAUCUCUCGAUCCGAUAGCCAGUAGAAAUCUGGUCAGCUUGCAAGGACACCGUUGGCGCAAAAUGCGAAGGCUUCUCAGUCCUACUUUUACAUCCAGCAAAAUAAAGAUGAUGUUUGGACUUAUGAGUGAAUGUGCCGAAAACUUGAUCAAUUUUGUAAUAACGGAAUCUGGGAAAACUGGCAAGACGUUUGAUAUAAAUGAUUUAUUCUUGAGAUACGCCAACGAUACGGUGGCUACGUGCGCUUUUGGCAUCAGUGUGGAUUCUUUUAAGCAUCCAAAAAACACAUUCUUUAUGAUUGGUAAAGAAGGAAUGACGUUUAAUGCAUGGAAAUACUUCAAAUUUUUUAUGAACAGAAAUUUCCCGCUAUUUGCGAAACUUUUGAAGUUGAGAUUGAUUGGAUCAAAAAUAGAAAUUUUUUUUAAAGACAUUGUUAGCAAUGUUAUAAAGGCCAGAGAUAAGCAGGGAAUUGUUCGUCCGGACAUGAUUCAGUUAAUGAUGGAGAUCAGAAACAAAGACAGCGGAUCCGAAUUUGAUAUCGACGAGAUGACUGCCCAGGCAUUUGUUUUGUUUGCCGCCGGAUUUGAUUCUGCGACAACAGCCAUGUGUUUCAUGGCGCACGAAGUUGGUGUUAACCCUGAUGUUCAGAAUAAAUUGAGAGAAGAAAUCGAUGACGUUCUUAGAUGGACCGACGGAAAACCAACGUACGAAGCUAUUAAUCAUAUGAAGUAUUUGGAUGCUGUGGUAAAUGAAACUCUUAGACUGUAUCAAGGACCAGCUUUCACUGACAGAAUAUGUAUCACUGAAACCGAAAUGCCACCAGCAACUCCGGAUGGCGAACCGAUUACUAUAAAGCCAGGAGAUGCUGUAUGGUUCCCGGGUUUUUCACUCCAUCGUGAUCCAAAAUACUACCCGCAUCCAGACAAGUUCGAUCCAGAAAGAUUCAUGGACAAUAGUGUGGACAAGUCGGUUUAUAUGCCAUUUGGUAUUGGGCCUAGAAUUUGCAUUGGUAAUAGAUUUGCUUUAAUAGAAGCAAAAAUUAUGCUGUUUUAUCUACUUUGGAAAUGCGAUCUCGAACCCGAUGUUAAAACCAAAGUUCCUCUGGUGAUUAGCAAGACAUCAUUCACCAUAACAGCAGAAGGAGGCUUCUGGUUGAAGUUACGUGCAAGGAAUUCGAAGGCUCCUGUUGUAUGUUUAUCUAAUGGACAUAAAAAUGAAAAUCAAAGAUGAAAUUAUGCCCGCAUUUGGAGAAGUUCAAUUCAGAAAGAUUUUUAACGGCAAUGUGAACAAGUCGAUGUAUAUGCUAUUUGAUAUUGGAUCAAGGAGCAGCAUCGAUAAUAGAUUUGCCUUAAUGGAAGAAGUCAUGGUUUUCUAUCUACUUUGUCGUUGUGAUCUUGAAUCCAACGUCAAAACCAGAGCUGCUAUGGCGUUUCACAAGAGAACUUUCACUAUGUUACCAAAUGGAGACUUCUUGUUACGUGCAAAGAAUUUAAAAGUUCAUAUUACAAAUUAAUGUUUAUUUAACGGACAUAAAAUUGUGGAACAGUAAUGUAAUAUAUUUAUAUAAUUUAUUUUAGGUGUAGAAUUGUAUACGUAAAAUUAUUUUCUUAAAAUAUAUUUAUGCGAGUCCAGCUUUUUCCUCAAUUAAAUGAAAAAAAAAUUAAAAACAAAAUUUCAGAGCAGUUAUUUUUAAAAUAUUUAUCGUUACAUUUGAAAAAAAGGAAAUUGUUUAAAAUUUAUCUACAUUAACAAUGUUCUUAUAAUACGUAUAUACAAUAAUUCCAAUAUUGUUAAUAUAAAUUUAUAUAUAUUUUUUGUGUUGUUUUCCAAUAUAUGUACACCAUAAUUUUCGUAGUGUAAUUGUCACUUUAAAAGAAUGAAAAUUGAGUUAGUUUAAUUUGUUGAAUAAUUUUUCACCUUACGAAAUUUAGAGAGUAAAUAAAAUAAGUUUUAAUAAUGGAUGUUGAUGGAUGGACGACAAUUAUGUUUUAUUACGUCUUAAAUUUACGACUUAUGUUUCAAAACAUAAAAAUUUAUUUUUAAUUUUUAAGUUAAGUAAUGAUAUCUAAAGAAAUUUUAAAAUAUAAUUUGUUUCAGAAAUUUAUAUUAUAAUUCAAAUUGAUACUGAAUGGUUCUUCUGAUUAAAUUUCAAUCUAAAUAUAUCAAGAAAUCUUAUAAACAGCUUAAUAUUUGGUUUAUUUAACUUUACAAGUAGUUAUAUGCAUGUAAAAAUGGAGAGAAAUAAAAAGAUUGCUUCUGUAA